AUGGAUACUUUCAGUUGGUUAGUGUGCCUUGUUUUGUUCUUGUUCUUGUUCCAACUCUCAAGGAAAUUGGGAAGAACCAACAGGCUUCCACCUGGUCCACCUGCAAUUCCAAUCUUCGGAAACCUCUUCCAGCUUGGUGAUAAACCCCAUAGGACCCUUGCAGAACUUGCAAAGGUUCAUGGGGACAUCAUGACUGUGAAAUUUGGCCAAACCACUACUAUAGUUUUGUCAUCUGAAACCAUGGCCAAAGAAAUCCUCCAAACGCAUGACGCAAUAUCUUGUAAUCGAACCGUUCCUGAUGCCCUUCAUGCCCUUCAUCACCACGAAGCCGGAAUAGCUUGGAUGCCUGUUUCAACCACAUGGAGAAAUCUUAGGAAAAUCUGCAACUUGCACAUUUUCGCUAGUCAGAAACUUGACGCUAACCAACACUUGCGGCGUAACAAAAUAGAACAACUCCUUGCUGAUGUUGGUGAUAGUUCCCGCAUCGGAGAAUCGAUAGAGAUAUCCACUGUUGCUUUCAAAACUACGCUUAAUCUUAUAUCCAAUACUAUUUUCUCCGUCGAUUAUGCCGACUCUUCUUCUAAUACUGCCCUGGAAUUCAGAGAAAUUUUACAGGUUAUCAAGGAAGAGUUGGGAAAAGCCAAUUUUGGUGAUCUUUUUCCUACUCUAGCUAAACUUGACUUGCAAGGCAUAAGGCGUCGCAUGGCAAUUCAUUCUAAGAAGAUGAUGAAUAUUUUUGAUAAAGAGAUUGAUAAGCGGUUGGAGUUGAGAAAGAUGAAUGAUUAUAUACCAGCUCAAGAUUUUUUGGAUACUCUUCUCCAAAUCAGUGAAGAUGAUAACGAAGAGCUUGAUAGAAAUCUGAUAAAACAUUUGUUUUUUGAUUUGUUCACUGCAGGAACGGAUACAGUUACAAGUACACUGGAAUGGGCAAUGGCGGAAUUACUCCAUAACCCAAAAGCUUUACAGGAAGUCCGAAGAGGACUACAACAAAUAAUUGGCAAAGGGAACGUACUGGAGGAAUCUAAUGUUACUCGUUUACCUUAUUUGCAAGCAAUUGUCAAGGAAACGUUGAGAUUGCAUCCUCCAGUUCCUUUCUUACUUCCUCGAAAAGCUGAAGUAGAUAUCAAGAUUCACGACUUCGUCAUUCCAAAGGGUGCACAGGUGUUGAUCAAUGCAUGGGCUAUAGGCAGAGAUCCUAAUUUCUGGGAGGAGCCUGAAUUGUUUAGUUUAGAGAGGUUCAUAGAAUCAGAAAUUGAUGUUAAAGGAACGAACUUUGGAUUGAUUCCAUUUGGGGGAGGGCGACGAAUUUGCCCUGGAUUACAAUUGGCCAUUAGAAUGUUGCCCUUAAUGCUGGGUACACUUAUUCAUUCAUUUGAUUGGGAACUUGAAGAUGGAGUCACACCUCAAAGUUUAAACAUGGAUGAAACGUACGGUCUUAUUUUACAGAAAACUCAACCAUUAAAAGUUAUCCCUCGUUCGAUUUAAUAAUAUUUUAUUGUAUAUUUUAUCUAUAACUUUUGAAAAAUUUAAGUAUUAGAAAAGUUAAGUAUUGAAUUUUACUGUUAAA